UUCGUGGGGUAUAAUCUCGAAUCUCGUUCCUCGAGCGGUAGCGACAGCAGCAGCAGAAGCAGCACUCUCUGUUCGGGUUCGCGUAAUACCGCGUCUCGUAGUUAUAGUACGGUUCUUGUGUAGUGCGGUCGACAUCGAAGACGACAACGACGACGACGGCUGGCGAGUGUUGGCGCGCGCGACCUUUUUUCCGAGUUUUGAACUUUACGUUCCGGGAGUUGCCGCGUGCAGUUCUACGGUUCCCCUGGAAGACGAAUGACGGAUGUCCGCCGUUCCAGCAGUUAGAGUGUUCUUGUUAGUUGAGACUUGUGAUGGUGAUAUGUGCUCGUCGAUUCUAACCGGUCGAAUGAUAGUGCGGAAGAUUUCCUGGUACCAAAGCAGAAGACUAUCCCAGUACGAAGAUCAACUCCGUUUCAGUUAUGUCAGCUGUUUUGUCAGAAUGUAAUGUGAUGUGAGCUAUUUCAUGUGAUGGAUUUUCCCACUGGCCUUAGUUAUGAUUUGUGUUGACGAUUUGAAGGCACAGCUUACUGAACUGUGAUCGGAACGCCCAGAGACAUUUCAAAUCGGAGAAGAUCGCGUGUGGUGCAUUUUUCUGUUGCUUCUUUUUUCUGAUUCCCGUUCAUUCCACGUUCGUAAAUGCGCGGAUUUUCAUUGGCGGCAGUGGAAGAAAAAACACCAAAUAGCGAGUGACAGACGGGUGACGCAGGUUCUUCGAUGCAAAAUUGUUUGUGACGACGACGUGAAGAUGCUGGUGGUAAUCGUCGCCAAGUAGCUGAAAAGCAGAGAGCAACGAAUGUGGUGAAAAUUUCUUUUCAAAUAUAUCGCGAAUUCAUCUUCUACUCUCACAUAGCUCGACAGAAGCUAAUCAAAUUGAGAAGCCGAUGUUCAAAGAACCUACAUUCUCCAGCAUACCGUAACAGUGUAAUAGCUCAUAAUUUAGUGGAAGCGUAAAUAAAAUCCGUGGUGCGUAUUUUAUGUGACAGGCAUUGGUAUUUUUGCAUUUUGACUGGCGAGGAAAAUACAAACAGAGUUACUUCCGUAAGAAUCAAAUAAUAAAGUCACGGACACUUUUGACGGAAGUCCAGCAAUUGGAUUAAUGACAUAAAAAUAGCUCACGUGGUACGCUAUGUAGGUACUGGGGUCUAAUAUUCUUCCAGUCCGGUUCUUAUGGAAGGGGAAAUCAGUUAAUAAGUUGUGAAGAUUUCGUUCCGGGUGCAGUGUUAGACGACCUUGCAUGGCGAUGGAGAUAUGGAAGAUCAAACUGUUCCGGUUCGGCGAAUUUGAUUAAUACUAUAAGGUAAAGUCGCACGCACCGUCGAGUUGAAUGAAAAUCAGCGACCAAAUACAGUUCGAAAAACUGGAGCACAGCGGGGGAAGAAGAUGUUGCCGCCGGUUUGCCAAGUUGCGACCUGUGAAAAUGAGCGUUCCAUCGUCGUCAGUCGCGGCAGGGCUAAAAUUAGACAGUGGCAUAAAUUAUGUAAAGUGUGCGGCUGCAGUCCAAAAUAACGCGUCGAUCGAGCCAAUUUAUCGCCCGAACUGCAAAUCCCACAGUCGAGCGCCAGUUUUGCUGGAGAACUCGCUCGAUAGUAGCAGCAACAACGGUAGCAUUAGCAUAAGUGGUCCCAGUGGUGACGACCUACUACAACAAGUACAGCAGAAGCGGCAGCAGUAUCCAGAAAACUACAACAGCAGUCCCCAAAGUAGACCUCGGGGUCGUCGUCGCGGACGUCGACGGCCAAAGUGUGUCUGGAUGUGGCGGCGCUGGUUCAACUCCCUUCCUUCCUUGGUUUCCUCUCUUCUAGUUUCCGUUCCCGCCAAACCAUCCAUCCAUUCGUCACAGCUGCGAGCGCAGCAAAAGAGAUGCAAAUCCCAGAACUCCUACCGCCAAAUUGGAGGCUGUAGCACCGGCAGCGGCAUCAUCGUUAGCGGCAGUGUUGCUAGAAAUGUGCUAGAAGAAAAAGAAGAAGAAGAAGAAAAUGGUAAUCCCAGUGCGUUGAUGGGUGAUAGUGAUUGUGAAAGUAGUGAUUAUAGCAGCAGCAGUGUCCGCAGCAGAAGGCAGCGAUGGAAGCGGUCAGCGGCGCGGAGUUGUCACCAAUCGUCGACAACAUCGGUGCUGGGCCGUAUCCUCGGUGGCAUCGAUGUGAAGUUGGUGCUGGUGAUUAUGGUGCUAAUUGGCGUUAUUGAUUACUCGGAAGCCGGAACCUGCUGGCUGCGACGGAUGGAGAGCACCGGCAAAUGCAACAAGUUGUUCGCUCGCAACGUUUCCCGGGAAAACUGCUGCCAUGCCGGCACUGGUCUGGGGUACAGCGACCGGGACAUUACUGACGUGCAGCUGUUCUUCGUGAAUGCCUUCAAAGACGGGAUGGAUUGUGCGUCUUGUUUGGCGAAUGGUUUAUCUCUAUCCACAGAUAGCUGUGAGAAGGCGAUGUGCGGAGUCAACAAGCGCUGCGUCAUGAAGAAAGGGCGACCGAAGUGUGUCUGCGCACCGAACUGCAAGGCCUCCAAACAGGGCAAACAGCUGCCGAAUCAGAACAUCAAAGUGAUCAAUCUGAGCGACAGUCAACGAAACCGAAGACAGUAUUUUUCAUCCGGACCGCGAGCUGCAGCCUCUCGGAUGGGACCACCUUCCUCAAGGUCCGGUGGUGGAUCCAACAACAAGCGUAGCGUCCGUCUAGUGAGCGAUGAACCAUCAUCCCGCCAGCAUCAUUCAAGAACUGUAAAAACUAGCCUAAGUGAGAAAACAUUAAGCCAAAGAAGUAGUAACGGUAAGGUAGCUAACUCUAAACAUAAGGAUAAUUUAUUGGAAACUGUGACAUUAGUAAAUAGUAGAAGCCGAGGGGAUGGUGGUUCUCAUAAGGCGAACCGCACCGAAAGGCUAUCCGAUCGAAUGGUACUGAUGGCGGACGGCCCGGUGCAAGUCAAUAGCUACGCUCGAAAGAGUCGAUCCGAGUCGAAACCAAUUCUGGUGACAAGCUCGAGUGCCAAUGUGCGCCACCGAAACCGAAAGGUCUCAUCGAAUGACUUCAACCAAACUCUAGAAGGGUCCUACCGACCCCAGAGCGAGUCAAAACAGCAACAUCACAGUCGAGACUUCGGGAAACCUCGGUUGUUGAGGCUUGAUCCGUCCGACAAGGAUAAUCGCACCGUUGACGCCCGGAUCAUUCGACGGCGACCUCCCUCACAUCUGGAAGAGAUGUUUUAUGUGCCAGCGAAUCGUCGAAGUCGAAUGCGUGUGCACGAUUUCGAUUUUGGCAAUGAGAUUACGCAACACGUAGGAUUCUACAAUCCAGUAUGCGGAACCGACGGUAAAACCUACAAAACCGAGUGUCAGCUGAAGAAGCGAGCAUGCCGGCAGGAGAGCACGACCCUAGUGAUGGCCUACAAAGGCCACUGUCAGACCUCCUGCCGGUUCGUUCAGUGUCCGGAUGGAAAACAUUGCGUCGAAGAUCAAAACGCCACGCCACACUGUGUGACCUGCACCAUGGACUGCCCGCCGGUGGAAUCGCGGUCAACGGCCAAAGCGGUCGUCUGCGGAACGGACGGGAACACCUAUCGGAACAUCUGCGAGCUGAAGCGGAAGGCCUGUCUCACCGGUCGGGCCAUUCCCGUUGCCUACCGGGGACGUUGCAUUGAGACCGCCACAUGCGAUACCAUCAAAUGCAAGGACCGACAGCAGUGUCUGACCGACCUGCAAACCCAUAAGCCCCGGUGCGUGAGCUGCAGCUACAAGUGCCCUCGCGCCAAGCGACUCCAGCAGACUCGGACCCGUCAGUUCGGCGGUAGCAAUGGCGACGGCCAGGGUCAGCACAAUCGACAGUCGCAGCUCCAUCAGCAGACGAAUAUCAAACUGUGUGGAACCAACAACCACACCUACCAUUCGUGGUGCCACAUGUUGCGAGACUCGUGCAACACCGGAUUCUACAUUGAUGUCCAGUACAACGGGGUAUGCAGCUUUGAUAGAAGAAUCUCAUCCUCUACCAUUUUGACGCAUUCGACCAACCCAUAGCACCGUCCAAUGCUACGCAAGUUGGGAACACUGGACGACUUGGAUCCCGCCGUUUGGCAACUGCUGGCUUGAAACUUAUACCAAAAAUUGAGCAAACAAAAAAAUUUCGCAGUAGUUGAUGUUUCAAAGAUGUAAAAAGUAGAUUUUAGCAUUCAGUGUCUAUAUUUAUGAAAUAGUUCCCUCGAAGUAAAGUCAUACAAAGGCACAUGAGUAAGAUAUCGUUGUAAAAAUAUUUCAUCGAUCGGUUUUAAUCUCCUAGUGGGUAGUGUUUGUGUAUAAAAUGAUCUGAUUGAAAUGGGAUUGUAUUGAGUACAUUAGGUGCCCAAGUGGCAACAUCUAUUUAUGUCCACUAUAAAAUAAAAAAUAGAGUAUCCCACUGAUAAGUCCUUAUUUAUUGCCUUCUAUAUUUAGGACAUCCCAUACCGUAGAUGAAUAGUGGCUCAGUAGCUUCAUUAUUUUUCUUUUCAUUUUCACAAAUUAUUUAUUAAAGUCUCCUCAGCGGGGCACUAUUUAUUAGAAGAGAAGAUUUCGAUGCGAAACGAACCAAAAAGUAACAGAUAAAUUUACAAAAGGAAAACAGUUUUAGGAUCUCUAAAAUUAGUCUAUUUAAACUACAACAAUCAACUCGGUGCUGUUCUCGAACUUGUCGAAAUAAAAACUUUAGGAUCUUUGGUAACGAAUCCAGACUUAUGCACUACAAAUUCCAUUCAUCGUUAUUGAGUAGACUAAUGUGUUAUGGUUAAUCAAUUUACUAACUGAAAUUGCACUGAAUAGAGUUUCCAAAAUUAGAGAUAAAAUUGAAGUUAAAUCAAACAACUUCCAGAUAAAUCUAGAUCCUGUUACUGUGCAGUUGUAAAAAGUACUAACUUAGGCAAUUUAGAAAGAGGUAACCUAAAUCUGUAUUAAACGAUUGACUGAUUUUAAUCUAAUGCAAAACAAAACAAACCUUGCGCUCAUAGCGGACGGCCGUGUAAACGGUCACAAAAUUUACCCACUUUUACACUAGCGAAAAUUCUAUUUACCUUUAUCUGAAAAAGGGUUAUGAGACUUAACAAAAUACAAGCACAUAUUUGACAGCAAUCUAAACAUGUGGAUUUAACCAGCAUUCAUUCAUAUUUACUGUUGAUCAAAAAACGGAACAAGGUUCUCAAAAGUAUUCUUCUUCCCCAGAGUUUGGGAUAAGUCAAUAAGUUUCAAUAACUCAAACUAUACUCCGUAGAAAACUUUGAAACAACUGGAAGGAACUAGCAAAUGCCCAUUGUUCAACCAUUAUAGUGAAUUGUACUGGUUUUAGCGAACAGACAUUGUAGCAUCCACAACAACAGCAACAGAGCAAGCAAAAAACUAGACGAAAAUAAAUGUUUAUUAAUGUUGAUACAAACA